AUGUUCGCCCUCCUGGCUCUCUGCGCCCUCUUCCUCUCUUGUCUCUGGGCAGCGAAAUGCGUCGUCGACUACUUCCGCGACCCGCAUAACCUGCGCCAGUACCCGUCGCUCACACCCCUCUGCGCUUUCACAAACCUGGGCUACCUGCUCUACAUCUACGGCGGCGACUUCCGCUCCCGCCGCAUGCACGCCCUGCACCGCGUGCACCCCGUCAUCCGCACCGGGCCCGCCUCGCUCUCGUUCGCGGACAUGCGCGCCAUCAACGACAUCUACGGCCACGCCACCCCAUGCAAAAAGGGACCGCUGUACGAGCUCUCGAUGGGCGCGCACGCGAACCUCGUCGACUCGGUCGACCACGCCGAGCACGCGCAGAAGCGCAAGCGUCUGUCGAACGCUUUUGCGCUCAAGAACCUCGAGCGCUGGGAGUUCAAGGUUGUUGAUAAGUGCACGCGUCUUGUUGCGCAGUUUGAUCGUAUCUGUGAUGACUACCGGCCGCGCGAGACGCUGCAGGGCGAGAAGGACGCGCCGGUUGUUUCCUACCGCACCUGGACGAAUCUGUUCACGGUCGAGGCUAUCGCAGACAUUGCGCUUUCGCAACGCCUUGGCUUUCUCGAGUCUGGUACCGACCUUAUUCCUGCAGAGGAAACAGACGGCGCUCCGAUCUACAAAGCACACUUCAUCGACGCAGUCCACGGGUCCGGCCGCGUAAACACCCCGAUCGUCUGGUCCGAGGAGGGCUACAAGAUCUUCAAGCGCGUGCUGAAUUACUUGAAUCCCCAGUUCCGACGCCAGAUUCGUCUCGGUCAUGAUUUUGAUAAUAUUAUUCAUUAUCUGGCUCGCGUUCGUCAGGAGCGGUAUGAGCGGGGGGAGAAGUUGGAUGAUUUCUUUACCUGUCUGAUGGAGGAUCGGGAAGGCAAGCGACUGAACCUUGAUCCCAAAGAGGUUCGUGCUGAGGUCAACAUUAUCAUGAACGCGGGCUCCGACACAACCGCCGUGGCUAUGACAAACGCCAUGUACAACCUCCUCAAGAAUCCCGACAAGCUCGCCAAACUGCGCGAAGAACUCGAGAAGCUCAACAUCCCUUCCGACACUAUCGUCCCCCCCUACUCAAUUGUCCGCCACUGUGCCUAUCUGCGUGCCGUGCUCGACGAGUCACUGCGCGUGCUCCCCCCUCUCCCGCUCGGUCUCCAGCGCGUGACGCCACCUGAAGGAAGCUCGAUCGCCGGCCGCUGGAUCGCAGGAAACACGGUCGUUUCCGUACCCGCGUACUCCGCCCAUCGCGAUCCAAACAUCUUUCCUGAUCCGGAGCAAUUCAUGCCCGAGCGCUGGCUAACCGACUCGGCGAAGAGUUUUUCGCAAAAGUACUUUAUCCCGUUCAGCAUGGGCAGCCGGGGCUGCAUCGGCCGAAACAUCACGUAUCUCGAGCAGCAGCUGCUUUUGGCAACACUAGUCCGGCGUUAUGAUUUUGCGUUUGCGGAUCCGAAUUUCGAGCCGUUUUAUGAGGAGAGGAUGAAUCUUUUGCCGGGCGAUAUGCAGUUGCGGAUUCGUCGUCGCGGCUAA